GUUCCUGGCUGACCAGAUACCCAGGGUUUCUGGCUUGCCUGUCGGCCCCCAGUGAUGAGCCCAGCUCAGGCAGGGUGGGGCUGGGUUACAGGGCGAAGUCCUCUGUCCCAAUGUUCCAGGUCCCCGUGGAGCCUGGAGCUUCGCCAGGGUUUCUGCAGGUGCUAUCUGACACAGCUUCUCAGGAGAGCCGGAGGGUGCUGGGCUCCAUUCAGGGGUGGAGUCCUGGCCUGUUUAUAGGAGCCUGGCGCCUUCACAGCAGGUCCCAUCCCAUCGGGACAGUUGCCGCCACCAGCCUGGCAGCCAGCACCUUGGCAGGACAGCCGGAAGGGUCAGCAUGGAGAGCCAGUCACCUGGCCAUCCUAACCAGGGGGAGGCCUCUGCCUGCUGGCGGCUCACCGUGAAGGUGCUGGAGGCACGGAACCUGCACCGGGCAGACCUGUUGAGCGAGGCUGAUGCGUACGUGAUCCUGCAGCUGCCGACAGCACCCGGAGUGAAGUUCAGGACCAGGACAGUGCCCAAUUGCAGCCACCCUGUGUGGAAUGAGACCUUCAGUUUCUUAGUCCAGAGACAGGUCAAGAAUGUUCUGGAGCUGAGCAUCUACGACGAGGACUCAGUGACGGAGGACGACAUCUGCUCCAAGUUCUUCUACGAUGUCAUAGAUGUCCCCCCUGGCCAAUGGCUCCACAAGACCCUCUCCUCAAGUCUCCAGGGACAAGAGGAGCUGGAUGUAGAAUUCCUGAUGGAAAAAUCGUCAGAACGUCCAGAAAGCCUCUUCACCAAUGGUGUCCUUGUGGCCCGAGAGCUGGCCUGCCUGGAUGUGCGUGUGGACAGAGUCGGCAGUGUCUCAGCAGCCACAGGUCAGGCCGAGCUGGAACUGGAACUGAAGGGGUCCUACGAAGACACACAGACGGUCGCCCUGAACACAGCCUCCGCCUUCUGCUUCCACUAUCUGGCGGCUCAAGACGCAGAGCUGAGUGGGCGCCUGAGGGGCUUGACAAGCAGUGGCUGGAAUUCACACCACUCAGUUGGGCGCCUCCUUGUGCCACUCAAGUCCCUGGCCGUGGGGAAGGAGGUGACUGUGCAUGUUCCUGCUACAAAUGCCUCAGGAGUGAGGCUGCAGCUCCAGGCAGGGGGCUGCCCUAGGGACCUGGCCGUGCGGCUGGGCUGCGGGCUGUGCACAGAGGAGCAGGCCUUCCUGAGCAGGCGGAAGCAGGUGGUGGCCAAGGCCCUGAAGGAGGUGCUGCAGCUGGACAGAGACCUGCAGGAAGACGAGGUUCCCGUCGUGGGCAUUGCGGCCACAGGAGGAGGCGCCAGGGCCAUGACCUCGCUCUAUGGCCACCUCUUGGCCCUGCAGAAGCUGGGCCUCCUGGACUGCGUGACCUACUUCAGUGGCACUUCAGGUUCAACGUGGGCAAUGGCCCACCUGUACGGGGACCCUGAGUGGUCACAAAAGGACCUGAAGGGACCCAUCAGCCAUGCCCGGGAGCAUCUGGCCAAGAGCAAGCUGGACGCCUUCUCCCCGGAGCGCCUGGCAAGCUACAAGCAGGAGCUGGAGCUGAGAGCCCAGCAGGGGCAGCCCACGACCUUCGUGGACCUGUGGGCCCUGGUGCUGGAGUUUAUGCUGCACGGCCAGGUGAUGGACCAGAAGCUGUCAGAACAGAGAGCUGCGCUAGAGCGGGGUCAGAACCCACUGCCCCUCUACUUGAGCCUCAAUGUCAAAGAGAACAAUCUGGAGACCCUUGACUUCAAAGAGUGGGUGGAGUUCUCCCCCUACGAGGUUGGAUUCCUGAAGUACGGGGCCUCCGUGUCCCCUGAGCUCUUCGGCUCUGAGUUCUUCAUGGGGCGGCUGAUGAGGAAGCUGCCUGAGCCCCGGAUCUGCUUCCUAGAAGCUAUCUGGAGCAACAUUUUCUCCCUGAACUUGCUGGAUGCCUGGUAUGGCCUCACCAGCUCCGGGGAGGCCUGGAAGUACCACAUCAAGGAGAAGAUCAGGAACAUGGAGACGGAGCACACCCUGGCCUCCCCACAGGUUGCCUUGCAGAAGGAGGCCUCAUGGUUGCAGCCCGGCACGGCCCUGGCCCAGGCAUUCAAGGGCUUUCUGACAGGCAGGCCGCUCCACCAGCACAGCGCCAACUUCCUCCAGGGCCUGCAGCUGCACCAAGACUACUGUAACCACCAGGACUUCUCCACCUGGGCAGACUGCCAGCUGGAUUCUAACCCUAGCCAACUGACCCCCGGGGAGCCCCAGCUCUGUCUGGUGGAUGCCAGCUACUUCAUCAACACCAGCUGUCCCACCAUGUUCUGCCCGGGCCGCAGGCUGGACCUCAUUCUCUCCUUGGACUACUCCCCAUCCUCGCCCUUUGAGGCGCUACAGCAGACAGAGUUGUACUGUCGAGCCCGGGGGCUGCCCUUCCCCCGCGUGGAGCUCAGCCCUCAGGACCAACAGGAGCCCCGCGAGUGCCACCUCUUCUCGGACCCUACCUGCCCCAAGGCCCCUGUCCUGCUGCACUUCCCGCUUGUCAAUGCUUCCUUCAAGGAUCACUCAGCCCCCGGUGUCCGGCGCCGCCCCACAGAGCUCCAGGCUGGUCAAAUGGAUCUCACCGGGCCCACCUCCCCCUAUGCCCUGCUCAACAUGACCUACAGGGAGGAAGACUUUGACCGCCUGCUGCAGCUCAGCGACUACAACAUGUGCAGCAGCCAGGGCAUCAUCUUGCAGGCCCUGAGGAACGCGCUGAAGCACCGGGCCUCAGAGCUGAGGCCUCCAGGCACCCAGACCUCAGGCUGAUGAGACCCCAGAACCCUGAGGGUCACACGCUGACCCUCUAGAGGCUAGGGGCUGAACCCAAUUCUCUGGAGUUCCCUGGCUCUGCCAUGCUGCUGGGCUCACUGCCCAGAGUGGCCUGCACCCUUCCCGCCCCCCAACCUCCAGAGUUCCCCCUUUGUUCCACACUGCCUUGAGAGAAGUUGAGAAGAAACUCUCCAGGCCAGUGUGUGGUGGUCCUAGCAGAUGCGCUUUCCACAGCAUCACAUUCAUGCAUCUGAGGCAGCUUCAGGCAUGAAGACUCCCAGCAUACCUUGCUCACUCUCUUUCUCUUUCUUCUCUUUCUCCUUCCCAAUCCUCCACCUCCUCCCAGUCUAUGCACCUUGCCCUGUCCCAAUUUAUUCCGUAAUAUUUUACUCUUUAAAUACUACUGUAAAUGGAAUUAUUUUCUCGAAUUUCA